UUGUGAAGCUGCAUGGAAGCCAAGAAAGCAGCUCAAAAAUCAAACCCUACACACCAGAGAAGCAGGAUUAAACCCGUGGGAUCUGAUUACUGACUGCUGGAGGUCUUACAGAUAGAUCUGAGAUCAGACAGACUCAGUCUGGAGAUCUGAUUUAUUUCUGCUCAGCGGUUGUUUUGGAGUCUGACGCGUUAAUACAGUUCAGCUCAACACAGACAGGUGUAACGGCGCUACCCUCCCCGUGCCGCCGGCGAUGGGCAUGGAGAUGCUCCGGCGUUCCUCUGUGUUCGCCGCAGAGGUCAUGGAGGUGUUCGACCGCUCCCCCACGGACAAGGAACUGGUGUCCCAGUCGAAGAUGCUGUGCAGGGACUACAUUCACUCCAGGCUGCACCGGGCGGAGAUAGGCUGGAACAAACCCGAGCAGAGUUCGGCGGGAGGAGCCCUGCGGGAGGUGUCCGCCGUCCUCCUCUGGUUAGGUGACGAGCUGGAAUACUUGCGGCCCAACGUGUACCGUAACGUGGCGCGGCAGCUCAACAUCACCGUGGCCUCGGAGAGCAUCGUCUCGGACGCUUUCCUCGCCGUGGCCGCCGAAAUCUUCUCCACAGGGGUAACGUGGGGUAAGGUGGUCUCCCUGUACGCGGUAGCGGGGGGAUUGGCGGUGGACUGUGUUCGGCACGGUCACCCGGUCAUGGUCCACACCAUCGUGGAGUGCAUGGGCGAGUUUGUCUGGAAGAGCCUGGUGAGCUGGUUAAAGAAGAGAGGAGGCUGGAGUGACAUCACAAAGUGCGUGGUUAACACCGACCCCAACUUCCACUCCCAUUGGCUGGUGGCGACGGCCUGCGCGUGCGCUCACUACCUGAAGGCCGUGGUCUUCUACCUGCUGAGAGAGAAGUGAGAACGAGGCCGGUGUACGAUGGACGGCCCUUCUGCGCUCCGUUAUCGCCGCUUCGACACGUUAUCGUUUACACACCUUUAAUGAGCGUCCAUGUGGACGUCUUCACGUUCCAGUGUUCCAGCGCUUUAAUAACUGGGUGUGUAAGCGUGAUAUAACGAUUAAGGAGCGGCGAUACCUACAGAGAACUCACGCCGGUCGCUUAUAUGAGUCCGAUGAUGCGUGUGGUCGGUCUGUAACGUGUUUCAUUAAUGCUAUGCUGUCUACGUUCAACGUGUGGCACUUACCAGCGUGUCUGUGUGUACCGCUGGACUCGCUGUACUCCUCUACCCUUUUAGUCCAGCAAAUGAACUGACCCGUGGGCAGUACCGUCCUUUUUUUGGUCCGCUGUCUGAACGCUUGAGCUGACGUGUGCUAAUCAGGGACUCGUUUUGAGAUGGUACGCUCGAGUGGAAGACGUGGACGUGUUAGAAACACAGAACACACAGAUAAUAAAACACACACACACACAUUUAAUGUGUUUAUAAUGCACUGUAUAAUGCACAUAAGGCACUCGAGUGAAAUAGGGUGGCUAGAUUUGGUUAGCUGGUUCAUGCUAUGUGCUUCGUAAGGCUAAUAAAAAAAUGUAAAUGUAAUGUAAGGACGCGCUUGUGUGCAAAGAGGGUUCAUUAAUUUAUUUGUUCUCAUUUUUGAUGGACACGUUUACAUCGUUCAGGGGAGCACCUACAAGACUCAAGCAGGGUAAAGAUCUAUUCGUAUCCAAUUCCCAGAUGGUAUUUCACCUCCACUCCUGAUCGACACGUGUGCAGCACCGACCGCUUCUUUUUACCUGCUUGCUGGGUUCAUACAGAGAUCCGUAUCGUGCACGGAGAGUCACGCACUGAUCUCCGGUAUCCCCCUUCUCUGUUCAGCAGUUAUGAGGAACCCCUACAGCCCUCCCUCGCUCGGACCAGCCAAUCGUCGCCCUUGUAAGUGCCCAGGCAGCCGAGAUUCCAUCAUGAGAGUAUACGAGGGUUCUUCAAACGUUUCUGCACUCUUUUUAACUCUAUUUAUUUAACACCGUCAGCAAAAAAUGUGUUUGGUUGAGCUCGUAGCCACAUGAAAAUCUUCUUCCCCUUAAAGCUUCCCUGAGCACCCAAAAAGGUGGAAAUCAGAUGGAGCUAAAUCCGGACUAUAAGCAUCUCUCGGUCUCUCAGACACGAGCGAUUCCUCCUCGGUGGUGUUUAUGUUAUUCUCAAUCUUCUCGUAGAUCUUGUAAACGCGGCGUACGUGUGUACGAGUCUGUACGAGUCUGUACGUGUGUGUCUGGGUGGCAGAAAGGAAGUCGAGGGAUUAAAAGCAUUAAAGAAGUAAACAGAA